AUGGCUGAUGGCGCAGAUGUGGCGUAUAGCUUCCCCAUGCUGAACAGCAAGAAGAUCGUGGGGUACCUGGGCGACCUCAACAUACACGUGUCGGAACAGAUGCUGGCCAGCCCGAAGGACCACGUGCCGCAGCUGACGAUGCUGUUCGAGAGGCUGGUCGAGACGACGCUCGGCGUCACCAAGGAGGAGAUGAGCCAGCCGGUGUUCGCGGGGCUGGGCUGCUUGACCUAUCCUGAGCUGCACGACGAGAGCAUCGCGUUCCUGGCGCUGUUCCGCAACGUGUGCAGGAUGAUGAGAAUCUCACGGAUCGAGGACUUUGCCCUCAAGGAUAUGUCGGACCCCAAUCAAAAAAGGCUCCGGCGCCAGCUCAGCGCGGUGAUCAACUUCGUCCGUUUCAAGGAGGGGAAGGAGCACCUCUACCUAGACGCCAUGGCCAAGAAGCAGAGGCUUGCGGCAGCUGUCGCGGCCGCACAGCAACGGAACAACAAGCUGCAGGAAGAGCACGAGGACAUCCAGGACAGGAUGGCGGAGAAAAACAAGGCUAUCGAGGCCGUUAACGCUAAGCACGAGGCCGCGAAGCAGAAGACGGUAGAGCUCACCAAGAGCGUCGGCACGGCGCGAGAGGAGCUGGCGAGGGUCAAGAAGGAUAACAACGACAUCAAGGACAGGGUGGCCACCGCCCAGGCUACGCUCAACCGGGCAGAGCUCGAGAAGAAAAAUCUCCAGGCGCAGGUGGUCAGCUCGCCGAAACGCAUCCUGAGGGAGGUAUCCGACCUUCAGCAAUCCUUGGAGCAGGAGCUGUCGGAGGUGGAGGCGGAGACGAGGAAAGCCCAGAGCUUCAAGCACAGCGUGGUGGUGAUGAACAAGGCGCGAAGAGAGCUUGCCAAGGCUACGGCUAACAUCGAAGAGGCGGCGACGGAGCUGAGCAAGCAGGAGUCCGCCAUGAGGGAGGUGAAGAACACGCAGUACAAGAUCCACGAGAAGAGGAACGACUUUGCGACGAGGUCGUCGGAGAAGGCAGAGCUCCAGCGCAGGCUGGUCCGGUUCGAGGAAAAGCUUGCCCACCUUCGCAAGCAAGCGGCCUUCAAGACGGAAGCGAUGGCGGGGGAGAUGGAGGCGAUCAGGGCGGCCAUCGCUGAGAAUGAGGCUCACUACAACGAGGCACAUGCUCGGAUGGAGGAAUCCCAGGCGGUCUUAGAUCAGUACCGCCAGGAGAAGGAAAACGUGGAGGCUGAAGUCGCGAAGAACGUCUCGGACACGAAGGAGCUCCUGACACAGAUCGGCGGCAUCACCGGUGCCUACGCGAGGCGGCUCCAGGCAGCGAUGCGAGACGGAGAGCACCAUCCCUCAACCGUCCUCACAUGAGAACAAGCCCCAUCAUCCCCAAGGAGCGGAAGUCAUGCUUGACUGACUUUUUUCUUUUAACUCUUGUAGCAUCAAUUGCGUGUUUUUCGUGCUUUUUUCGUCGCUGUUGCCGUAGCGGGAAGAGCUCCAAGACUGCACUGCCCGAGAUGGCAAGGCUGCUGCUGUGUGAGCGUUUUCCUCGGCAAUGCGUUAGCAGGAGCAGCAACAGCACGGGACAGGUCUCACCCCUUCGGUUGUUUUGGGCACGUCAACCUUGAAGUUUCUUGCAUGGUAGUGUCUCGGAUAAAUGGUACCAUAGCCUUCAGCACAACUGUCUUUCUGUGUUAUUUAUUUUUCCUAACAACUGUCUCACACCGCCGUGUAAUAAGAUACUUGAGAUUUUCAGUGGGGGUGUUGCAGAAGACUGACGGACGCACAAAAACGAGUAAACAGACGCUUCAGUUCUCGCGGACAAAGGGGAGUGGGGAGGUUGCACCCCUCCCUGUGGCGACCGGCUUGAAACCGUUCAUGUGCCGAGCGAGAGCCAGAGCCUCUGGGACUCGUUGUUUUCGUCCCGCAAGGCAUGUGCCUCCCGGGGUCGGAAGUCCAACAAAACUUCCAGUUGAAAACUGAGCGACACAGCAGCAAAUCCCGGCAACGAUGCGGCGUGAUCGCUUCCCGACGGAAGAGGAGAGAGGGGAAGGAGGAGGCAUGAUCUCCGAAGGGAGCUUUCGGUAGGCAGGGUCUAUUCACGCGAACGUGAGCAACAGCGGGCGGCAGUUGUGCGAUGACGCGCUUUUCUUUUCCCCUUAGCUUGGCGUUUCGCCCCGCUGUUCGUAAAUUUUAGGAGUAGCAGCAGCAACAGCAACAGCACUGCUGCCAUGUUGGCGGCUCGUGUGCCGUUGUUUUAUGGUGCGUCGGUUGCUGGCGAAGGGGUAGAAUACGACUGUCUAUUUUAGAGAAGGUAAAUACGAUGUGCAGGUUGAAGUAGAUGCCGAAGCUGCUCUAGGCGUUUUGUGCGGGGGCAUGACCUUUCGCAGUUGCCGCCGCGAGAGGCGUGCCUGUGGUACAUCUUUGUGUCGCCCACAGGCGGUGGUAGCGCCAACGUUCGAAUCGAUUUGUUCUUUGCAAUAUCUAACUUGUUGAAGUGGGAGUUUGGAAGGGAGGAGGAAUCAAUGUCCCAAUAUACAGUGCUGGGUCUUUGCCGCGUUUUUGGCUUUUCGCACACUAACAUAUUUGAGCAGUAUGUCCCAUGAGUCAAUCAUGUAACUACGCUUGCCUAGUGAUUCAACCUGAGGUUUAAUGUUCUCGUCUUUCUCCCGCUUCUCGUUUGCGUGGUAAUUUCAUGUCCAGUGCGCU